CUCUGGUUGUCACGAGCUCUCCCAAGCUUCCUGCGCCUCCCGGUUAUCUCCCGGACCCCUCAUUACAUUAAACCACCACAGGACCGUAACAGGAUGAAAGUAAAGAAACCUCCAUGAAAGAUCCACGACCAUGUCGCCGUCUCAAGAUCUACCUGGAGGCGAUGCAGAGCACCACGAGAGUCCGGACACUGUCCCCAUCAUUACAAUUCAGUCAGCGGACCCAGCGUCUGAUAGCCACAAUGAGGAACGAGGCCGUUUGAAACGACGGCGUAUGUCUUCUCAUUCUCCACCACGCGCGCCGUCCCCUUCUCGUGGCCACGAACGAGAGAGUGGCUCGCGGCAUCGACACCAUUAUCGCAAGCACCGCAAACAAUCAUCCUCGGCCUCCUUAUCCCCACAGCCAUCGCCCGCGCGGAAACCUCGUCGACGUAGCGAUGCGGAGCCGGACCAUACCCUGCGAGGCCGGGCACGCAAUCGAAGUAAGAGUGGUUCUGACUCUCCACUGUUCGAGGAAAGCGAGAAAGAGUUAGAGAAAGCGAACAGGAAACGAAGUCCUCCUCCUAGUCGACACCAAAGUGGGAAUUCUGUUGGUACUAGGCGGCAAAGAAGCCUACCGAACCAAUAUAGGGAAGAGCAUAACGCGAAGGCCAAAUUACUGCAAACAUGACAUAGUCGUGGUCUUGAAGUAGCCUUUGUGAUUAUAGAAUCUGGUCGCUAUCGCGGAAUGGAAAUACGAAAAGAGAGGUUCUGGAGAUGUGCCCACUAUGUACAUUAAUUCGUCUCCGUGGGAAAGGGAUUGACUAAUUCGGAAGGGUAUAUAGAUGCGCGCCAGCCGGCCGGGCUGGAUGUCCUUUUAUGUCGUGGUUCAUCUUCAAGUACAUGAGAGAUGAGCCCACCGCGUGUCGCCGUCGACCUCUCCAUCUACGCU